AGCUAUCCCAGCAAACAUGAAUAGGCGGUUGAAAGGCGGGCCAAAGUCGUAAACGGCGGGUAGAUGACGACGGCGGUAAUCUAACAAUGGCCCAACAUCGUUUUUGAAUUGAAAAGGCGUUAAUGGUUUGAAGGGUCGAUAGUAUUGAAGGUCCUUUAUUUCGCAACAAUCAAUCGGCCGACCUGUUAUUUGGAAAUGUCGGCCCUCAAUUUUAUUGCCGCGUUAUGCCGUCAAUCUCUCGUUUCUUAUGUAUGGUUGGCACCACUGUUGAAAUAUUUUUGUUGUGUUGGCACUAUUGGCACCUGUACGCAUGCGCUGUCUCAGCCUCAGCGAAACAUCGUUCUUUUCUCGUUGCAUACAUUCCAACAUUCCAAUGGUCGCCAUUGUGUAUUGUUUGAUGUGAAUAUUGUUGUUGUCUGUUGUCUCGUUGUUGUGAUUCAAGAUUUCAAGCUUUUGUGGAUUUGUGUUCAAUUCAGCUGUGGUAUAAUCGGGAUUUUGCACAUCAUGGAAGAAAAUAAAUAUUUAGUGGUCGAGUUCCCGGAAGAAACCGAUGAGAAUGGGACAGUAACAAUGUCAAUUAUUUCAAGUUCAUGGUUAUUUGAAAAAAAUGGAUGUUUAUAUUGCCAUUGGCCAGCAUAUUUCAAAUCAGAUAUCAUAAAGGACAAGGCAAUCCAGAGUCACCUGGUUCUCAUUGAAGAUAAAUGUGUAGUCUGUCCCAUCAGGGUGAAAUAUUCUACUGAUGAUUUCUACAGAGCACGUAAAAAACUUCAGCACCUGGAAGUAGAAUCUCAGACUGAAUCAGAAAAUGAACAGAAACGGGUCCCCAAAAAACCAAUUUACAAGGAUUAUGAGCAGUUUAGUGAAGAUAGCAAUGAUCACGUACCAAUCAUACCUCUGCCUAAGAAACAAAUUUUCACACCUCUCACAAAUGUUGAUAUUGGUACUUCAGUUAGCAAACGAAAAAUUACAGUUCCAAAACCAACUACAAAAUCUAAAUUAGAGGAUGAUGUAGAAUCCCUAGGUGAAGCAGCUUCGAUCAGCCAGGCUAGUGAUGGAUCAAGUAGCCUCAGAUCAUGCAUCAGCUGUCAAGAAAACAAAGCAUUGAUCACAGAAAUAUUGAGGCAGUUACAAAUCAACAAAGAAGAUUUAUCCUACCUCAUCAGACUGACAAAAGGAAAAAGUGAGAGUAAUGUUCCAAUCCCAAUAGAGUUUACUCAAAUUAAAGAAUUUAAUGAGUUGAUUCUGUUCAACAAUAGCUUGAAUGAGGACUCGAAAUUUGCUGAAGCAUGUAAUAAUUUCCAAUUUGUUGGUGGCAAAGAUGUGCCAGAUACAACCAGGCGAAUUUUAAAUCGGCUCAUGAGUAAUGAUUUAGCUAUAACCACAAACUGGACUGGAAGGAACAACAAAAAUGGAUUCAUUGAUAUGAAAAAUAUCAUCAAAUUAAUCCACGUAUCUGUUCGAAACAAUCCACUAAUUCAACCUCCGACCUUAGAUGAGGUGGAAAAUUUAAUUAAAGGCUGGCUCCGUUCAGCCACUGACAGAGAAGGAGGGCGUGCAAGAAGGUUCUUGAAAAAAUAAUGAAUUGUUCAUAUUUUUCUAUAGAGUUAGUUGUGAUGAGUCUCAUUUCAAUAUAUGAGAAUAAGUGUCCAAAACAUCCAAAUGGUAUUUAUGUUCCUUUUUCAUUUUGUGAUUUUGAUUUCAUGUUCCUUAUUUGUAUUUUGUUAUGUAAUACUUAUUUAUGUUCAUUUAUAUUUUGCGUUUUUUUUUUCAAUAGAAUGUUUCUAUGCAGAGUGACCUGUAUAUUUUUUAUACCUGAAUUUUAUUUUGGUUGUAUUUUGAUAUUUUUUAUUCAUUGUAAUAUAAAAAUUAUAUUAUGA